CCAUAUCGAGCCCCAACAUAUCGAUUCUGCAAAUGUCUCUUUCCGGUUUCUGUUGGUAGGUACUUGUGUUACGCGGCGUAUGGUGUUAAAAGUUGCUUGUGGAUGAUAAAAUAGAAUCAAAAUGAGUGAAGAGUUACCAGCCGUGGAAGAAGUUCCACAUUUUAACGCUCCGGUGAUUCAAGACAAUCCUUCAGGAUGGGGGCCUUGCGAAAUGCCGGAUAAGUUCAAAGACAUGCCGUAUCAACCAUUUUCGAAAGGGGACCGCCUAGGGAAAAUCUCCGAUUGGACUGGAGCAGCUUUUCAGGAUAAAAAAUACGCCAGCAAGUACGCUUCCCAGUUUGGUGGUGGUAGUAGCCAAUAUGCUUAUUAUCAUGAUGAAGAUGAAAGCACAUUUCACUUGGUGGAUACUACUCGCAUUCAAAAGCCUCCAUAUCAAAGAGGAAGAUUCCGGCAGAAUCAGAGAAAUAUGCGAGGCCGUGGUGGUCAGCGAGGGAUUCAGAACCAACUUCAGAUGUUGGGCAAGGGCUUAAAACUCAGGGACAGUCGAAACCAGCGACAGCCGCGUAAGUGGCCUCAAAGAACUGGGUUACGCAACAACAAGAAUCAGCUCCCCAUUAAGAGUAGAGAUGCGUCUGUAACUGUACAGUCAAAUUGGACAACUAUUGAAGAAAUGGAUUUUCCUCGUUUAGCAAAACUUUCGCUUCCAAAUGUAAAGGAAGGAGAAGAUAUUACUUGUUGUGGUUCUCUUGAAUAUUACGACAAGGCUUAUGAUCGUGUUAAUGUCAAGAGUGAAAAGCCUCUGCAGAGAAUUGAUCGUAUUUUUCACACAGUCACAACAACUGAUGACCCCAUUAUUCGCAAAUUGUCCAAGACUGAUGGCACUGUGUUUGCAACAGAUGCCAUUCUAGCUACUCUUAUGUGCUGCACUAGAUCGAACUAUUCUUGGGAUAUUGUGAUAGAAAAAAUUGGUGACAAGCUCUUCCUGGAUAAGAGAGAUAAUACAGAAUUUGAUUUAUUGACAGUGAACGAGACAUCAGUGGAGCCGCCUCAGGAUGAUGGAAAUAGUUUAAAUUCUCCAAGGAAUUUAGCUUUAGAGGCCACAUUUAUUAAUCACAACUUUUCCCAACAAGUCCUUAAAACUGGUGAGCCACGUUUCAAAUUUGAUGAACCAAAUCCAUUUAUCUCUGAAGAAGAAGCUGAUGAAGUUGCAUCUGUUGCGUAUCGAUAUCGCAAAUGGGACCUUGACAAUGGAGUAGUCUUAAUAUCACGAUGUGAGCAUGAUGCUGUUAUGCAAGGUCCAAAUGGUGAAUUACAGUUUAUCACCAUUAAAGCACUUAAUGAAUGGGAUUCAAAGUUAUCUGGUGGUGUGGAAUGGCGUCAGAAAUUGGAUACACAGAGAGGUGCUGUGCUUGCCAAUGAAUUGCGUAAUAAUGCUUGCAAAUUAGCAAAGUGGACUGUGCAAGCUCUUUUGGCUGGUUCUGACCAAAUUAAGUUUGGGUAUGUUGCCAGAGCUCAUGUACGUGACUCCUCCAAACACAUUAUUCUUGGAACUCAGCAGUUCAAGCCUAAUGAAUUUGCAACUCAGAUUACUUUGAACAUGGAUAACGCAUGGGGUAUUUUGCGAUGCAUUGUUGAUAUUUGCAUGAAACAAAAAGAUGGUAAAUACCUCAUUAUGAAAGACCCGAAUAAGCCAAUGAUCAGACUUUAUGACAUUCCGGAUAACACUUUCGAAUCAGAGAAUGAAGAUGCAGAUGAUGAAGAUGGCACAGGAGUAGCUGCAGCAUUUGGUACUACUCUGACCGUUUAAACGAUCUGGUUUGUUACUUGUCACAGGCUGGGCUUACUUGUCACAGAAGGGUUGCUAAGCAUGUUCUGGAAAUUUGUCCUCCUUUUUACUGAUGUGCCUUAGUACCCUCUUGACUUAACGCUGUAUUAUGAGUGGAAAGGAAUCAAAAAGAAAAUAUGUAAUUUUUAUUUUUUGGUUUCUAUUAUUAGCCAGCUUGUCUGGUUUCAGGCACAUUUCAAUGUAUAUGGUCUUAGGUGUCCUUAGAAAUAAAAUGAUUGCUUUUAUCUGUAAUUUAUGUGCAGAUAAAAUAUUGCCAGAAUGUGCUGUGUAAAAUGGCAGCAAUGCCAAGUCAUAUUAUCAUAAAUCAAUUAUUUCUAAAUUAAAAUGUCUUCAAUAACUUUCAAAAUGUUUUUACUUUUUACAUCUUUCAUUUGUGAUAAUGGUAAUAUGUAAGAGAAUUGAUGGCCAAAUCUGAGAUACAUGUGAGAAAAAAUUUGAAACUAUAAUAAACAGUUACUGGUAAUGGUAUGUAACUAUACAUUGUGCAACGCCACACAGCCAAUAUAGUUAAAGAAAUAAACAAAGAUUUAUAAAAUUUAAUGUUUUUGUUAUUAUUUAUUUUUUCCUUGUUCAUCUAGCUUGAAGAAUUAGUUUCCCAGAAAUAGAUGU